AUCUGCUGCCAUUCAGUUCCAGUUUGUCCCCAAGCACCUCAGAAUCCAUCUCCAGGACUGUGUCUCCUCUGCUGUGUGAGGCCCCAGUGGCUCUGACUGAGACUGUCCCUGUGAGCUGCAGGUGCUGUGAGAUCCCCAGGAAGGAUGUCUGGACUCCCCAGAAGGCAGGAAAUGAACUCAGUGGCCUUUGAUGAUGUGACUGUGAACUUCACUAAAGAAGAGUGGGCUUUGCUGGAUCCUUCCCAGAAGAAUCUCUACAGAGAUGUGAUGCAGGAAGUCCUUAGAAAUCUGACUUCUAUAGGAGCCAGAUCUGAGGUCCAUAAUAUUGAAGAUCAGAACACAAAUCCCAGGAGAGAUAUAAGGCACAUUAUAUCUCACUCUGCAAACAAAGCAUUUGAGAAUCAGGAGAGUGGAGGGAAGCCAAAUAAACUUAAACAGAACAGUAAAUUCUUCAUUUCUCUCCUAAGUGUUCAAAGACAAGCAACAGAGCAUACUGUAAAUGGACCUUAUGGAUGUUUGACAUGGGGAAGAGAGUUGAGUUCCAGGUGUUUUCAAGAAUAUGGAGGGUAUCAUAUUAGGGAAAACCCAUGUGGAUAUAAGAAACUUGGAAAAGACUUCUCUGGUUCAAAUUACUUUCAAAAACGUAUACAAACUUAUACUGCAGAGACAGCUAAUAGAUGGAAACAAUGUAGGAAAACCUUCAUUAGCUCUCCUAACCUUCAGUUACAUGAACAAACUCAUACAGGAAAGAAGUCCUAUGAAUGUAACCAAUGUGGGAAAGUCUUCACUAGGUCUUCUUACCUUCAAGUACAUAAACGAAUUCAUACUGGAGAGAAGCCCUAUGAAUGUAAACAAUGUGGGAAAGCCUUCACUACUUCCUCUUACCUUCAAAUACAUAAACGAACUCAUACUGGAGAGAAACCCUAUGAAUGUAAACAAUGUGGUAAAGCCUUCACUACUUCAUAUAAUCUUCAAAUACAUAAUCGCACUCAUACUGGAGAGAAACCCUAUGAAUGUAAACAGUGUGGAAAAGCCUUCACUCACUCCACUCAACUGAAAUCACAUGAAAGAACUCAUACAGGAAAGAAGCCCUAUGAAUGUAAACAAUGUGGGAAAGCCUUCACUAGGUCCUCUUACCUUCAAAUACAUAAACGAACUCAUACUGGAGAGAAACCCUAUGAAUGUAAGGACUGUGAGGAAACCUUCACUUCGUCCCGGCACCUUCACUUACAUGAAAGAUCUCAUACAGGAAAGAAACCCUAUGAAUGUAAACAAUGUGGGAAAGCAUUCUGUAGUUCCUCUUACCUUCAAAUACAUAAACGAACUCAUACUGGAGAGAAACCCUAUGAAUGUAAGCACUGUGGGAAAUCCUUUAUUUCAUCCACUAACCUUCACUCACAUGAAAGAACUCAUACAGGAAAGAAGCCCUAUGAAUGUAAACAAUGUGGAAAAGCCUUCUGUAGUUCCUCUUCUCUUCAAAUACAUAAACAAUCACAUACUGGAGAGAAGCCCUAUAAAUGCAAUCAAUGUGAAAAAGCCUUUACUACUUCAUUUUACCUUCAAAUACAUAAUCGAACUCAUACUGGAGAGAGGCCCUAUGAAUGUGAACAAUGUGGGAAAGCCUUUGUUUCAACAAGUGACCUUCACUCACAUGAAAGAACUCAUACAGGAAAGAAGCCCUGUGAAUGUAAACAAUGUGGAAAAGCCUUCACUACUUCCUCUUACCUUAAAAUUCAUAAACGAACUCAUACAGGAGAGAAGCCCUAUGAAUGUGAACAAUGUGCAAAAGCCUUCACUACUUCAUCUCACCUUCAAAAACAUAAUCGAACUCAUACAGGGGAAAAGCCCUAUGAAUGUAAGCAGUGUGGAAAAGCCUUCACUCAGCCCGUUCAUCUUCACUUUCAUGAGAAAAUUCACACAGGACAGAAGCCCUAUGAAUGUAAACAAUGUGGGAAAGCCUUCACUAGGUCCUCUUACCUUCAAAUACAUAAACGAACUCAUACAGGAGAGAAACCCUAUGAAUGUAAACAAUGUGGAAAUGUCUUUAUUACUUCGACUGCACUUCAAAAACAUUAUCGAACUCAUACAGGAGAGAAGCCCUAUGAAUGUAAACAGUGUGGAAAAGCCUUCACUGUUUCGUCCAGCCUUCAAAUACAUAAUCGAACUCACACUGGAGAGAAGCCCUAUGAAUGUGAGCAAUGUGGAAAAGCAUUCACUGCUUCCUCUUACCUUAAAAUACAUAAACAAACUCAUACUGGAGAGAAAAUCUAUAAAGGAAUGCAGGAUGCUGCACAUAAGGUGUUUCUGUGAAGAUAUGAAAGGAAGGCAAGAUAGAACAGGCAACAUGCAGCAGGGUCAGAGUCCCUUUGGGCACUCCCUGACAAGGCAUGAAUAGUCUCCUACUGGUGAGAAGCCUUAUGAGUGUAAGCAAUGUUGCAAAGCCUUCACACACAUGAAGAAACUCAAACUGGAGAGAAACGCUUUGAAUGUAAGAAAUGUGGGACAGCAUUCACUAAUUUUGCUCACUGUAAUAGGCACAAAAUUGCUCAUACUGAAGAGAAAAUGAAUGUGAAGAAUGUGCUAAAGACUUCAGUAACUAAUUCUACUUACCUUCAUAUAAAUGAAUUUUGUCAUUCUAGAGAGAAACCUCACAGAUAUAAAUGUGAGAUGGCCUUCACUAGUUCAAAUUGCCUUCAAAUGCAUUGUGAAUGUUAAUUGGGGUCCAGAUAUAAUGGUGAAGGGGAGAGCAAUAAAGAGGCAAGCACACAAUUGGCUUCCAUGUGCUUUUAUUAUCUAUUUCAGGAUCAUAUCAAGUUAAUUAAGUUACAUAGUACAGUUAGCUUUGUGCAUGUGCAUAUCACAUAACAUGCUUCUCAGAGUCCACUUUUACCAAAUGGUCCUAUAAGAUAACAUCUCCAGGCCUGAAGAACAGAGGAGUUGCAGAGCAUUUCUAAGCCAUUCAAACAGGGGAUUGAUUGUUCUGAAAAGUUUUCUCAACUUGACAGCAUCACUCCUCUGUACAUUGACUGGCCUGAACUCCCUACAUCUCUUCUUUUUGUUUUGUAUGUCUUUUGAAUGAACAGAACUUCUGUGUAAAGAACGUGGAGGGAGAGAGCAAGGCAGAUGUUGGCAAAAACAAUCAGAGCAUGAUGAGGCAAGUAUCAAGAAACAUCCUCCACUGUAAAGCUUGAUUCAUGUAAUAUUUAGUAGCAAUGAGGUUCAAUAAUCUAAUAAAUCCCAACAUCCAUCACCUUGUUGCACCUUUUUUCUGAUGUCUUUAAGAUGAUUCAAUUCCUUUUGAAUGGGGUUACUACUAUCAGUUAAAUUGAAA